AUGACCGCAGCCCAUUGUCCGGCGGACCUCGAAUUAGAACAACCGUCUAAAAGUGAAAAGACGAUGCCUACCUGGAAGAAUACGAAUAUCUGGGUGGUAGUUGGGGCCAAAUGUGUUGCAAAGUCGGGUGUCUGUGAGGAGAGAAAUGCGCAGAGAACGGUGGUAAAGGUGAAAAAUAUCUCCGCCACGAUCAGAUAUGCAUGUCUUCCACCCUGGAAAAAGGACUUGCCCUAUGAUACUUUAUAUGGACAUUGGGGUUGGGGAUACUUGACUGCUGAUGCCGGUAUUACCACCGACACCCUGAACUACAUCGAGAAAGUCGAACUUGUUGAUUGUGCCACGAAAAAGCAGCGCAAAUCGUUAGACAAGGACGUGUUGUGCGCCAGAUCGGAGAAAUAUACCCAAGGGAUUGAGGGGGGUGACUCGGGCUCGGGCUUUGAGCGACUAAUGGCAGGCGGAAUCAAUUGGGUAGUCGGUGUGUCGGUCUUUACGCUAGAAAAGCUGGACGAGUCGUACGUGACAGACACGCGCCGCUACGCCAAGUGGAUUUCUAAUCAAAGCCAGCGAAUCAAUAGAUUGCUAAAAAAGUUUCUCAUCAAACGUCAAGCUCAUCGUUACACCCCACUGAGCAAGGUCAUCGCCAAUUCAUUGAUCUUCCCCGUGAUAUCCGACACCGAUGGGAAGCACACAAUGGCGGCACUCAAGCCUCUGCUCACGAUCAACAGCGAUGGAAGUCACGUUGGUUUGGAUGAGAACUUUCUGAAGAACCUGAUUGAACCGGCCUCGGGCCGACCAAUUGCUGUACUGGCGGUUUGCGGGAAAUUCCGCACCGGCAAGUCAUUCUUGCUGAAUGUGAUUAUGAAGGCCCUCAAAGACCGUCAGGCGGUGUAUAAACCGGAGGAAAAAAUUGGGGGGAUACCAUUCAAGUCGCAGGAUCGGGCCCACACCAAGGGGAUCAACGCCUGGUCGCAGUUGUUCCCAUGGGAAAACUGUCAUGGCGAAAAGAGGUUCGCCCUGCUAGUCCGAGAUUCAGUUCGGCAUAAUGGGCAUGAUGAGGACUAUUUUGAUCGCAAGAAAAUGGAAGCCGGGUCGGCAAGGCAACUUUCAGCGCAAAUCGAAGGGCUUCUGGGCGCUUUUGACGAUAAAAUCUGUUGGCAGGUCCCGAACCCGGGAAGGAAGGUUGAGUUGGCGAGCGACUUUAUCCAGGCUAAAGAUUGCGAGCCAGAUUUCCUGAAGAGCCUCUGCGAGUUUGUUGACCAGCAGUUGGCUAGUUUGGAGGCAAAGACAAUUAACAAAAACACCUCAAGCGUGCAGCUCGAUGGGGAAACGCUUGGAGCAUAUUUCAAGGAAGUGGUCAAGCAUGCUCGAAAUUUUUCCGAAGGCGGAAUCAAAAGUUCCCUCGAGGCGAUGAAAAACGUCUUCUUCAAUGCGGCUCAUAGAGCGGGCAUGGCAAAGUUUAACCAGGACGUGAAGACAAUCCCGGAUGCCAUGGCAGCCGGAAUGUUUGAGCUCAAGAUCAUGGAAUACCAAGCAGCCGCCCUCCACGUAUACAAGAACUCAAAAGUUCUUGGAAAUCCUGAAGAGAAGAGCAACGCCUUGGAAGCUUUCGGAAAAGAAUUAACGGAAGGGAUCGCGACGGCGCGCGAACGAAACAACAAUGCGUUGAAGCGAGAGAAACUGAAGAAAGAGAAGGAGUGGGCGGAACGUGAGGCGAAAGCUGAGAGAAUGGAGCGCCAACGGCAAGAAAGAGAAGCUGCGAACGCGCGAGCGGAAGCCCGUAGAAACCAAGACGCUGCGGAGAGGGCGCAGCGCAAAGUCGAGGAAGUCGAAAGGGAGAAGGAGGGGACCAGUAGGGAGGCAGUUGAGGCUGAGAGACGUCCGAAGGCGGCGGCCGCCAACCAUGAAAAAGAAGAGGUGUUUGUCCUUGAUGGUAAAUGCGAUAUAACACGUGGACUUGAUCUCGCCGGCAGCAGUACCCUGAUCAAGUGCAGCAAGCCAGGGGCUACGCUCGAUGUGGCAAAAGUUGGCGGGAACUGGGGCAUCACGAAAGACGGCCUUGGAGCUGGCGUCGAAGCAAAGCCGAUCUGGGCGGAGCACAAAGGAGAAAACGUCGACAUCGGCGUGCUGGCCGUAUGCGGGAAAUUCCGUACCGGAAAGUCGUUUCUACUUAAUGUAAUGAUGAAGGCGCUACAAGACGGUCAAGCUGCGUAUAAGCCGGAACAACGGAUUGGCGGAAUUCCGUUCAAAUCCCAGGAUCGGGCGCACACCAAGGGGAUCAAUGCUUGGUCGAAGCUUUUUCCGUGGAAAAAUGGGGACGGCAAAGAGAUGAUGGUGUUGAUCUUGGAUGUGCAAGGGACAUUUGAUACAGAGAGUGAGAAAGCCGUUUCGGCGAUUCUAUGCACGAUUUCGUUGAUGGUUUCCUCGUGCUUUAUCCUAAAUACCAUGAAGCAAAUGGACGCCCUGGAUUGGGAGACCCUAAAUGAGUUCCAGGCUUAUACGGACAGCGAGGGAGAACGAAUUGGACAGAAGUUUGCCUUACUUAUUCGUGAUUCCGUCCGUCACGUUGGGCUAAACCGGGAUUACUUUGAUCGUAAGAAAGACGAGGCAAAAGACGCCAAGCAGCUGUCCGCCCAAAUCAACGGACUGCUCAAGGCGUUCGAACAAACGGUCUGCUGGCAAGUCCCUAACCCGGGAAGGACCGUCGAGUUGUCUAGUGAUUGGAUCAACGCUAAAGAUUGCGAGCCUGAUUUCCUCAAGAGUCUUUGUGAAUUUGUCGAUGCCCAAUUGAGCGGACUGGCGCCAAAAUCGAUUAAAAGAGGCAAAACCAGCGCAGAGCUGACUGCCGAUACACUUGGGGAAUAUUUUAAAGAAGUCGUCAAGCACGCCAGAGAAUUUUCCAAGGGUGGAAUAAGAAGCUCCCUUGAGGCAAUGAAAGAUGUCUUCUUCAACGCGGCCCAUAAAAUUGGGAUGGAAAAACUCAAGGAGGGCCUGGCUGACAUUCCUGAUGCGGUGGAACCUGGAACCUUCGAGCUAGCGAUCAAUGGCUAUCAAAAAGCAGCCCACGAAGCAUAUGCAACAUCAAAAGUCCUCGGCACAGCGGACGAAAAGAGCAAAGCUUUGCAGGCCUUUGGAAAAGAGUUAUCGGAAGCAAUUGCAGCAGCACGAGAGAGAAACGCAAACGCUUUGAAGCAAGAAAGACUCAAGCAGCAAAAGCAUGAAGCGGAAAGGAAGGCAGAGAUUGAACGAAUCGCGCGGCAGCAGAAAGAAAAAGAAGCUGCUGAAGCGCGAGAGGAAGCGAGAAAGACUAAGGCAGCUUUGGAAAAGGCUCAACUUAGAGCGGAGGAGGCUGAACGGGAACAAGAACGGAUCCGGAGAGAAGCGGCUGCGGAGCGGGAGCGGGAACGGCAAAGGCGUAAGGAAGAGGAAGAGCGACGUGAGUGGGAAGAGGCAAAUCGCCAAAAAGAAGAAGUCUUUGCCCUCGAUGGAAAAUGCGACACGUCGCGCGGUCUGGAUCUGGCAGGAAGCGGCUCUCUGCUUAGGUUGAGCAAGCCGGGUGCUACCCUAGAUGUCGCAAAAGUUGGCGGGAACUAUGGCGUGACUGAGAGCGGUGUAGGAGUAGGCGUUGAGGCGAAGGCACUUUGGACGGAGAGAAAGGGAGAAACGGUGGACGUUGGCGUGGGAUUCAAUGCAGAUACGGGAUUCCGGGUCGGGAAGAGCGGCGUCGGCGGAUCGUUCCUCGGCUUUGGCGCGGAUUUCGGAGACGAAGGGGCGUCGAUCAAGACGCCGUUUUUCAGUCUUCGUUUUAAA